AUGGACCGCACCCGGGGUGCCGGGGCUGCGGCCAAGGGGCUGCUGCUCGGGGCGGCCGCGGCGGCCAAGGGGCUUCGGGAAGACCUGAGGGGUGCGGCCUCUGGGCCCUGGAAGGGCCUGUCUAGGACGCCAAAGCAAGAGGGCCAGGAGAGGAGGAGGACGCAGCUAGCCUCACACUUGCUAGUACUGCCAAACGAGAGAAGCUUUCAGAACGCUGCUAAAAGCAAUAAUUUGGAUCUUAUGAACAAGCUGUUUGAAAAGAAAGUUAACAUAAAUGCUGUGAACAAUAUGAGCCGUACAGCCCUGCAUUUUGCAGUAGCAAGAAAUAACUUAUCUGCGGUGGAUUUCUUGCUGAGUCACAAGGCCAGUGUGGACAUUGCUGAUAAGCACGGCUUGACAGUACUUCACCUUGCAGCCUGGUCUGGAAGCUUCGAGAUCAUGCUCAUGCUGGUUAAAGCUGGAGCAGACCAGAGAGCCAAAAACCAGGAUGGAAUGAACGCCCUCCACUUCGCAGCUCAGAGCAAUAACGUGAACAUCGUGGAGUACCUCAUUAAGGACCUGCACCUAAAGGAUCUGAACCAACCUGAUGAGAGAGGAAGAAAACCAUUUCUUUUGGCGGCUGAGAAAGGCCACGUGGAAAUGAUAGAAAAACUUACCUUCCUUAAUCUACACACUUCAGAAAAAGAUAAGGAGGGAAACACUGCCUUGCACCUGGCUGCAAUGCAUGGCCACAGUCCAGCGGUGCAGCUACUCCUAACUCAAUGGCAAGAAGUAAAUGAGACCAAUGAGGUAUGUGGAAGUGCUCCUUCCAGCUGGGCACAGAUCAUCUGGGUGAAGCUACACUCACCUGCCCGCAGGCUUUGUCUUGUUCAGCAGUCUCCUGUGAGGGAGCCUCUGACUACAGCUUCUCCCCCUUUCCAAGCACUGGGAAAGACACUGCCCCCGCGUUGUCGGCCCGCGUGUUUAUUCUACAUUCAUGUGGGAG